GGCUUUUAUUUUGCUAUAAUCUCGAAGCGGUCGCGAGCGGAAGUACUUGUGUGCAGGUCAGAAAACAACGACGUCACCGGAUGUUUGGCGCGCUGCGCCGGUUAAAUGGAGUGGCGGGCUGAUGACGCCUAGAAAACAAAGAGGAACGAGAAGAAGAGAAGCUGCCAUUUCCAGUGAGAUAUGCAAAAUGGAGGAGACGUGUCUGGGUGUCCACGAGGCUCCACUGAUGGCCUAAAAUGUCAGGAGGUGACCUCAGAAGAGAGGAGUCAUGACAUGUGCUGUGGGCGCUAGGGCUUGUGAUGCACAGCAAGAACCAACACGAGAGCAGCUUUCAAAGAUUGGACCAACCAGCAAGCUAAGUCGACAGCUAGUAAACAACUGUAUUAGCCAAUCAACAUGAAGAAAGCACCAUGGCUCACUUAUAGAUGACUGGAUAGAUGGCAUGGACCUUUAAGUGACCCACGGGGGCAAAAUCCUCCAGCAUUCUGAUGGGCAAAGCCAAAAGGUCAGACCCAUCAUCACUUGCCAUGCAGCUUCUUGUGUUGGCUGUUGUCAGUAAAGCCCCCUACUUGCUUGGUAUCCUUAGCUGAUAUCCUUAUCGUGGGGGACCUGGGCAGGUUGUCUGCUAAGGACAUUUGAACAUUAAGGUGUCAACAGCCACUAAACAAUUCGACAAGCAAGGACAGAAACUCCACGUCUACCAUGGAGAACAUUAAAGAAGAAGACUACUGUGAGUGGGAGUCUGGGCAACUUCAGACUAAACAGGAGGAUUGUGAAUGGGGACAAGUUGUCAUUAAAGAGGAGUCUGAGCCAACGGCCGAUACCAGUGACUUACAAAAACCUGACAUGUUAAAUCGCAUCAAGGCAGAAGACUUUAAAUCAGAGACAGUCUGUGAGCUGGUGUGUCCAAAUGACGAGGUGACUGGAGCUGGCCUUACAGGGAGUGGACCUCAGUGUGUGCAGGUGAAGGCCGAGGCUCUAGACUGUGACGUGAAGACGACUGAGAAAGCGUCAUGUUCAGGGUAUUGUGAUGAAGAUCUACCAGAAAGUGGAACAUCCUCUCCAUCUUUACUUCCUCAGACUUCUAUUCAACAUAGAGCACUGCAAAAUGAACUUGUGAAAGAACUGUCUUCUGGAUCAGCCUCGUUGUCACACAGUUUACAGCCUUCUGUGAAAUCGACAAAGGUAAACACAGUCAACACUCAACAACGGGUUUGUGAUACAAAUUCAGCAAGUGAGAAGGUCUGCGAAGACUGGGAGAAAAACUUGAAACAAACAUCCAAAAACAAACACAAGUUGAGUCAUACAAGACGAAAGCCAUGUUGUUGUGCUGAAUGUGGCAAAGCGUUCACUGACAUGAGCAGUCUUGCCAAUCAUAUGAGAACUCACACUGGGGAGAAGCCAUAUUGUUGUUUGGAAUGUGGUAAACGUUUUUCACAAAUGAGCAAUCUUCAAACCCACAAAAGAGUUCACACUGGAGAGAAGCCAUACUGCUGUCCUCAGUGUGGAAAACAAUUUUCACGAAUGUGUAGCCUACAUAAACACUCAAGAAUCCACACUGGAGAGAAGCCCUAUUGUUGUUCUGAAUGUGGCAAACGGUAUGCCAGCAGGACCAAUCUUCAGAUCCACACACAAUUUCACACUGGUAAAAGACCAUAUUCCUGUUCUGAAUGUGGGAAACGAUUCUCCAGUAGCAACAAUCUUCAGAACCACAGAAGAAUUCACACUGGGGAAAAGCCUUAUUUCUGUCCUGAAUGUGGGAAACGAUUCUCCAGGCGUAGCAGUUUUCACACGCAUAAAAGAAUUCACACUGGAGAGAAACCUUAUUGUUGUUCUGAAUGUGGCAAAAGAUUUUGUUUGAGGAGCAGCUUAAAAAUUCAUGUAAGAAAUCACACUGGAGAGAAACCUUAUUGCUGCUCUGAAUGUGGUAAACGAUUUUCGCAUAGGAGCAGCCUACGUAAACACUCAAGAGUGCAUACAGGAGAAAAACCAUACUGCUGUUUGAAAUGUGGCAAAAGAUUUUCACAAACAAGUAGUUUACAGAAACACUCCACAAUCCACACUGGAGAGAAACCUUACUGUUGUUCCGAAUGUGGCAAACGAUUUUCACGAAAGAACAGUUUAUAUAAACACUCAAGAAUUCAUACUGGAGAAAAGCCUUAUUGCUGUUCAGAAUGUGGGAAACAAUUUUCACAAACAAGCAAUCUAAAUAAACACCUGAGAAUUCACACGGGAGAAAAACCGUAUUCCUGUUCUGAAUGUGGGAAACAAUUCUCCAACAGCAGUAACCUUCAGGUCCACACAAAAAUUCACACUAGAGAGAAAAAAUCUGAAAGCAGACAACAAGAGGAGCUGCAGUUUCCAAUGAGGACCAUGGAGAAGUGGUGUCUGGAUGUCCAGGAGCCUCCACUGAUGGCAUCUAAACAGGAGGAGACCAGCAGAACGUUAAGGCGUAGGCAGUCGCUGCUCAAUACAACAAGCAAGGACCAAAACUCCAGCCACACAGGAGUCUCCACAUACACCAUGGAGAAGAUUAAAGAAGAAGCCGACUAUGAGUGGCAGUCUGGGCGACAUCAGGUGCCAGAGGAGGAUUGUGAUUGGAGACUGGUGGUCAUUAAAGAGGAGUAUGAGCCAGCAGAUGACACCAGUGACUUGGACCAAAAUGAAGCACUAAACAGCAUCAAGGCAGAAGAUGAGAACAUGUGUCCAGAUGUGAAGGGGACUGGAGGAGACCUGGCGGAGAGAGGACCUCCGUGUGUCAGAGUGAAGACUGAAGUUAUGGACUGUGACGGGACAAGGGCUGAGAAGGCGUCGGGUUCAAGGAGUUGUGGCAAAGAUCUACAAGAAAGUGGGACCUUCUCCCCAUCUUCAUUUCCUCGAACCUCUCGUCAAUGUAGACCACAGCAAACUGAGAUUGUGAAAGAAUUGGGAGCUGGAUCAGAGACUUUACCUGCCUUGGUGCCAUACGGUUUUCAGCCUCCUGUGACAUUAACAAAGGUAGACACAAUCAACACUCAGCAAUGGCUGUGCGAUUCAGAUUCAGCAGGUGUGGAGGUUGUCUGCCAUGAAUGGGAAAAAACCUUGAAACAAAAAUCUAAAACCACAAAUACCAGACGUAAGCCAUAUUGCUGUUCUGAAUGUGGCAAAGCAUUCACUGACAUGAGCAGUCUUACCAAUCACAUGAGAACUCACACUGGAGAGAAGCCAUAUUGUUGUUCGGAAUGUGGUAAACGAUUUUCACAAAUGAGCAAUCUUCAGACCCACAGAAAACUUCACACUGGCAAUAGGCCAUAUUCCUGUUCUGAGUGUGGAAAACAAUUCUUCAGUAGCCACAAUCUUCAAAGCCACAGAAAAAUUCACACUGGAGAAAAGCCUUAUUUCUGUCCUGAAUGUGGGAAACGGUUCUCCAGGCGUAGCAGUUUUCACAGCCAUAAAAGAAUUCACACUGGAGAGAAACCUUAUUGUUGUACUGAAUGCGGCAAAGGAUUUUGUUUGCGGAGCAGCCUAAAAAUUCAUGUGAGGAAUCACACAGGAGAGAAACCGUAUUGCUGCUCUGAAUGUGGCAAACAGUUUUCACAUAGGAGUAGUCUCCGUAAGCACUCAAGAGUCCAUGCUGGAGGGAAGCCUUAUUCCUGCUCUGAAUGUGGCAAACAGUUUUUGCAAAUGAGCAGUCUGCAGAAACACGCCGCAGCCCACACUGAAGAAAAGAUUUACAGCUGUUCAGAGUGUGGCAAACAAUUUUCCCGAAAGAACAGUCUGUAUAAACACUCAAGAAUUCACACUGGAGAGAAGCCUUAUUGCUGUUUAGAAUGCGGUAAGCAGUUUUCACAAACAAGCAAUCUAAACAAACACAUAAGAAUUCACACUGGAGAGAAGCCGUAUUCCUGUACUGAAUGUGGGAAACAAUUCUCCAACAGUAGCAACCUUCAGGUCCACACAAAAAUUCACACUAGAGAGAAGAAAAGGACAAAACAGACGGGCGGCAGUUCUAAACUUCUGGAAUCAUUGGAGCAGAUGAUAAAUGGAGAAGACGUGUUUUUGCAUCGAUUACCGGACUCUGGAGCAACGAAUGACUGGGAGAGACGCCACCUCAGAAAGUCCACCCGAGUCCCCAUGUACGACAUGGAGAACAUUAAAGAGGAGGAAUGUGAGUGGGAGUCUGGGCCGCUUCCGAUAAAACAGGAGGAUUGUGAAUGGGGACACAUUGCCAUUAAAGAAGAGUCAGAGCCAACAUCUGAUACCAGCGACCUGCACCAUAAAGACAUUAUAAAGGGGGUCAAGACAGAGCCCCUUAAAUCAGAGUCGACCUGUCGGCUUGUGUGUCCAGGUGAGGAAGGAACUGGAGCAGCUCUGACAGAGAGUGGACCUCAGUGUGUCCAGGUGAAGGCCGAAGCUCUGGACUGUGACAUCAAACCACCUGAGAAUGCGUUGUCUUCAAGGAAUUGUGGUGAAGAUCUACAAGGAAGUGUCGCCCUCUCCUCAUCUUCAUCUCCUCUGACUUCUCUGCACCGCAGAACACAGAAAAAUGAAGUUGUGAACCAACUGGCCCCUGGCUCAGAGAAUUUGUUACCAACAUCAUUGCCACACAGUUUACAGCCCCCUGUGAAAUUAACAAAAGCGGACGCGGUCAACACUCAACAACAGGCGUGUGAUACAAAUGUAGAAGAUGAUUCAGAGGGCAGUCAAGAAUGGCAGAAAACCUUGAAACAAAAAUCUAAAACGAGACAUAACUGGUGUGAUGCAAGACGGGGGCCAUACUGCUGCUCUCAAUGUGGCAAACGAUUUUCACGAAUGAGUAGUCUACAUUAUCACCUAAGAAUCCACACUGGAGAGAAGCCAUUUUGCUGUUCUGAAUGUGGGAAAACCUUCACUGGCAAGAGCAGUCUUACCAGCCACAUGAAAACUCACACUGGUGAGAAGCCAUAUUGUUGUUCUGAGUGUGGAAAACGAUUUUCACGAAUGAGACAACUUCAGACCCAUGCAAGAGUUCACACUGGGGAGAGACCAUACCACUGUUCUGAAUGUGGCAAACGAUUUUCACAAACGAGCAGUCUGCAUAAACAUUUAAGAAUUCACACUCGGGAGAAGCCAUACUGCUGUGCUGAAUGUGGCAAGCGAUAUGCCAGCAGAGCCAGUCUUCAGAUCCACACACGAUUUCACACAGGUGAAAGGCCUUAUUCUUGCUCUGAAUGUGGGAAGCAUUUUUCCAGUGGUGGCAGUCUUCAGACCCACACAAGAAUUCACACUGGAGAAAAGCCAUACAUCUGUUCUGAAUGUGGGAAACAAUUCUCCAGCGGAAGCAGUCUUCACAUCCAUAGGAGAAUUCACACUGGAGAGAAACCUUAUUGUUGUUCUGAAUGUGGGAAAAGAUUUUCACAAACGAGCAGUCUUCAAAGUCACAUGAGAAAUCACACUGGAGAGAAGCCUUACUGCUGUUUUGAGUGUAGCAAACGAUUUUCUCAAAUAAGCAGUCUACAUAAACACUCAAGAGUCCAUACUGGAGAGAAGCCUUACUGUUGUUCUGAAUGUGGGAAACGAUUUUCACGAACAAACAGCCUACAUAAACACACAAGAAUUCAUACUGGAGAGAAACCAUACUGCUGUUUGGAAUGCGGAAAGCGAUUUUCACAAAUAAACAGUCUAAAUAUACAUAUUAGAAUUCAUACUGGGGAGAAGCCAUAUUCUUGUUCUGAAUGUGGCCGGCGGUACACCGCCAGAUCCAGUCUUAAGAAUCACGCAAGAAUUCAUACUGGAGAAAAGCCAUAUUCGUGUAUUGAAUGUGGGAAACAAUUCUCCAGCAGGAGUAACCUUCAGGUCCACACACGAGUGCAUACUGGAGAGAAGCCAUAUUGCUGUUCAGAAUGUGGCAAGCAGUUCUCUAACAGGAGUGGCUUUCUGAGUCACGCAAGAACUCACACCGGAGAGAAGCCGUAUUCCUGUUCUGAGUGUGGGAAACAAUUCACCACCAGUAGCCAACUCAAGGUCCACAGAAGAAUUCACACUGGAGAGAAACCAUACUUCUGUUCAGAAUGUGGGAAACGAUUUGCACGAAUGAACCAGCUUCAGAGCCAUGCAAGAAUUCACAAAAGUCACCCAAAAAAUAGAAAAAAGGAUGCUGGGAGCCCCGGUGUCCCAACUAAAGAAACACUCUUACAGCACCCGGAUAACUGA